AACAUACUUCCACAUGAGCGACAAGGAAAUCAUAUUCUACGGGCCUAGCGUGGAGAAGAACCGUACCAAACUCCAGUACGUGCACCACGUGAUGUGUCUUAGCCUCGGGGUGGCAGCGGGAGUGCUCUCCUUGGAGUCGUUUAUGGGAUUCGUGUUCUAUGCCGCGGGCAUGACCGCCACCAACCUAGGCUUUGUGGCGGUGUGCUGUCACGGGAAGCCCCGCCAGUUCUUCCGGUUUCCAUUGCAAGAGGUGUUUUGGGACGGCAUCCAGAGCAAUAUUGCCGGGUAUAUCAUGAUGUGGUGCUUGGUCUACGCACUUGUGAAGUGAGGCCACUGGCAUCACCACGACCUAUCUACAUAUCAAUACACAAUCACGACCCAAUUAUAUUCGAUUAUAAUGUCUAAUCAAAUGUCAUAA